AUGGAACGCACUUCGGUGAACACUCCACCUUCGUUCAAAGGAGAGGGAUAUGAAGACUGGAAAGGAAUGAUGAAAGCUUUCAUCUCUGCACAGGACUCUAGAGCAUGGCAAUGCAUCUUGCACGGUUGGUAUCCUCCUCAGUCUCAAAAGGAGGAAGGUAGCUCCGAAAUUAUGUUAAAACCUUUUGAUAAAUGGACUGCUAAUGAAAUUGCUUAUAGUGAAGUUGAAAAUAAGGCUAUGAAUGCUUUAUAUAUAGCUUUGUCUGAAGAUGAAAGAGUUCAAAUUAAGCGUUGUGAAAAUUCAAAAGAUGCGUGGGAAACUUUAGAAAAUACUUAUGAAGGAAAUAAAAAGAUGAAGGACGAUGAGUCUGUGGAUCACUUUUAUAAAAGAAUGAUAGCUAUCACAAGCCAGAUCAAAUAUGUGAAUGCUAAAAAGACGAUUCCACAAGAUGAAAUUGUCAUGAAGAUCCUCAGAUCUCUUCCAAGAAAAUUUCGUGAGAAAAAGACUGCCAUAUCAGAUGCUUAUGAUCUUGAUACUUAUUCCCUGCAAGAAUUAAUAGGUAAUCUUAAAACUUUUGAAGCAGAGUUAAUUGAUGAAGAAAGAGUUGACCAGAAAAAGCCAAAAAACAUUGCUUUCAAGGCUACUAAGAAAAUAGAUAAAAAUGAACAAGAUUAUAAUGCUGCUGAGUAUGCUUUGUUAACAAAAGAAUUCAGAAAAAUUUUGAACAAAAGAAAUUCUGGUAAAGCUGCUUUAGACUCUAGAAGAGUACAGAGAAAUGCAGACAAAAAGACAUUGAAGACCUCUUGGAGUGAUGACGAGGAUGAGAAAGAUGAAAAAAAUGUGGCAUUUAUGGCUUCUUUAAAUUCUAGACAAACUGAUACUGACAUCAGUGAUGCGGAAACUAAUUUUCUGGAUUAUGAUGAGUUAGAAGACAAGUAUUCACAGCUGUGUGACAUUUCAGAAAGCAUGAACAAGAAGCUAGGACAUCUGGAACUCAAAGUUAUUUCUCCUGAAACUCAAAAACAAAAAGUUGAAAUUAUGUUCAAAUCUUCUCAAAAUCUUUGGGAGGAAGAGAAAAAUAAAUUGAUUUCUGAUAUGCAGGAAUUACAGGAAGAAUUUAACAAAAACGAAUGGGGUUCAGAAAAACAGGUGUUGCUUAAAGAAGUAGACGAUCUAAAAGUUGAUUUAUCUAAUUGUUUUAAUGAAAGAGAUUCUUUUGCAGCAGAAAUCAAAAUCUUACAGAAAAAACUUGAUGAAUCUCAUGAAAAAUUUACAAAGUUUGAAGGAAGUUCUGAUACUGUCAAAAUGCUUCUUAAGACAUGA